AUGAGACAUCAGCACUUGACUUGGAACGCUUUAUUUUGAAUACAAUACAGUCUCAAAAGUACACUCAUGAUAAGAUGAUACGCGUGAACGAUUUUAAUUGAAAUAUGCUCACUUCUUUCAAGCCCAUAGUGUGCAAUCAUGACUUGUUCGACGCUAUACUUGUUAUCUCUCUGUGUCCUGUUUCAAUUAUCCACUUCCGUGAGUAGAUUUCCGAAUUUCUAUAGAAAAAUCCAAACCCGGCCAGUGAAAGCCGACGAAGACAAUGGUCAACCCCUGAUUUUAACCCCCUACAUAGAAGCUGGAAGGAUCCAAGAAGCCAGGAAUGCAUCCAGGGUUACACAUAAGGCCUUCGGAAACAUCACCCAUUACACCGGAUUCUUCACAGUGAACAAAACGCACAACACAAACCUAUUCGCUUGGUUUUGCCCUUCUGAGUCUGACCCAGCCAAUGACCCUGUCGUGUUAUGGCUCCAGGGUGGUCCAGGUUCUACUUCUUUGUUUGGUCUGUUCUCCGAAAAUGGACCUUUUAGGAUGAACAACACUAGAGAUGUGGUUUUGCGAAAGGAGACGUGGACGAAGAAGCAUAACAUGAUAUGGAUAGAUAAUCCUGCUGGGGCAGGUUAUAGUUUCACCGACGCAGAAGGCUUGGCACACGACGAGGAUCAAGUAAGCGCCGAGUUGUUCCAGGCAAUCCAGCAGUUCUUCCAGCUGUUUCCAGAAUUGAGGAAGAACGAUUUCUUCAUCACUGGGGAAUCUUACGGGGGUCAUUAUAUACCUUCCAUAUCACACUACAUAUUGAGGGCUAACAGAGGUCUUCCUGAACGUUUGAAGGUGAACCUCAAAGGCUUAGCAAUUGGAAACGGCUGGACAGACCCGAUCAACCAGCUGAACUAUGGAGAUUAUCUGUAUCAGCACGGUAUUGUAGAUUUGAAAACGAAGGAUUUCCUCAACACUAUCAGGGACGACUCCAUUGACUUGAUAAAACAGGGAAGAUACGCCGAGGCUAGAGACAGACAAGACGAAAUUCUCUACACAAUGAUGAGCAUGACGGGCAUAACCAACGUUUACAACUACUUAUUUGCCCAAGAUCAAGACGACGAGCCUCUUAUGGACACCUUCAUCCAAACCAGCGAGAUAAGGAAGGCGAUACACGUCGGCAACGCCAAAUUCCAAGAUGGCGGAGACGUCAAUGAGGCUUUGAACAGCGACGUCAUGAAAUCGGUGGUGCACCUUUUGCCUGAGCUAAUAGACAACUACAGGGUGCUUCUGUACAGCGGACAGGUUGACAUCAUCGUCGCUUAUCCAUUGACGGUGAACUAUCUGGAGAAAUUGAAUUUUUCGUCUUCGGCAGAAUACAAGAUGGCCAGUAGAAACAUUUGGUCCGUGAACAAUGACAUAGCCGGUUUUGUUAAGGUAGCUGGAAAUCUUACCGAUCUUCUGGUUAGAGACGCCGGUCAUAUGGUGCCCCACGAUCAGCCUGUAUGGUCGCUAGAUUUGAUUUAUAGAUUCACCAGGAAUUUGAAAUUUGACGAAGAAUACGAUUGAAAAAAUAAGUUAUUUUUGUUGUUGAGUGCAUAUUGUGAUUUAUAUUGAUAUUGAUGAAUUUUAAUAAAAAUAGAAAGUUCAUUAAUAUGAAUUUUCUGAGGAAUAAAAUGAACAAAAUGUGA